AUGUCAUCGGCAGCAACAAAACCAAUUUAUGGGUCUCUUCCAACAACGGAGGAGCAAAAACAACAUUUGAUUCGGAUCAAAGAGGCCCAAGAAUAUCUUGCAAGUCACAGAGUGAAAGAAAUUUAUUCAAAAUUGGUGUAUGAGUUGGUUGUAAAUAGGCCAAAUCAUGCAGUUCCUUUCAUGAUUGAAAGGUUAAAGGAAAUUAAAGAGAUCGGACUAGAUAAACCAAGGCAACCAAAGCCUAGACUAAUUUCUGUUGUCACCGAUUGUAAAGACGAUUUUGAAAUCAAUCAAGCCAUUAAACAUGCAGCAACAGAUUUCAACAUGAAAAUUAUGAACACAAAGAAUUUUGCAAACAACCAAGAACUAAAAUCAGAUUUGGAAGAAUAUAUGGAGGUGUCUAAUUAUAGAGAUUUUCUGAUGCUUCAUUCACCUUCUAAUAUUGCAGAACUAAUUAAAAUGGAGGAAGAAAUUAUAGAGUUUGACAUGUGCAUCUAUUUUCAGGAUACUUCUCUACCUCCUAGUCCUGUAGUUUCGGAUCUGCAAAUUGUUCUUCAAUACUUUGAGGCCGUUGGAAAAUUUAAUGUUAUUCGAGUAACAAAAGACACGGAGGAAGAAAAGAUAUUUGAAGCUUUAAAAAACAUCAUCCAUCCUAAACUUUGA